UGAUCUGACAGCCCAUCGUAAGUCUCUUGUAGAUCGUGCAGAAGCUAGGCGAUCACUAUCUCGAGAUUCAAUGCCUGAUCUGAUCCCACUAAUAGAGAUUGAUGAGUAUAGUCGUGCCUCUAGUUUAAUAAGCCAACAAAAAAGAUUUAUGAAAUCACCUGUUGCAUUUUUUAGAUCGUUAAAAUCAUGGUUAAUUUAUCUAAAAUCAUUUUUAUAUACUGUUGAAAAGAAAGUCGAAAAAAUACUAGAUGACGAUAAAAACGACGAAGAUCAUGAUUGGUGGUAUAAGUAUUUUUCAGGAAUCUUGGCAAAAUAUACAAAUAAACUGGAGGAUCAAAAAGAAUAUGGUGGGUUUAACGAUGUACUUAGAACGUUUAUUAUCACGCGGAAAACUGCCGAAUUUGAAAGAGAAGUAGCUAAAUUAAAAGUGCUUAUUAGUUUAUACCGGUGGCCAGUUCAAGACAAUGUGGUUACACCACGAGGGGAAGAUCCAACAAUGGGAGUGCUGAAACAAAAUGAGUUAAGUGACAGAGUAAAGCUGUUGGUUCGUGUUUACUGUGUAAAAGCUUUUGAUCUGCACCCCGCAGACCCUAAUGGUAAAGCAGAUCCAUACAUUGAAGUUGCAACUCCCUCAAAUGUAGUCUCGGAUAAACUUAACUACGUACCCAAUCAACUAAAUCCUGUAUUUGGGAGAUGCCUUGAAAUUGCCGCAACGUUUCCUGUGGACACCAUGCUGGCAAUACGUGUAAUGGAUUGGGACAGACUCACCAAACAUGAUUUGAUUGGUGAAACUAUCAUAGACUUGGAGAAUCGUUUCUACAGCAAACACAGAGGCACGUGUGGUUUAGCAUCAAAAUAUUCUACAUCAGGCUGCAAUAGUUGGAGAGAUGUGGAAAAACCUACUGAAAUACUUGAAAGGCUGUGCAACACCUAUAAUCUACCAUUACCUCAGUACUAUAGUAAAAGUGUACUCGUCGCCUGCAAGGAGUUCGUAAUAACCGAUGUAUCUGAGAAUGCAGAGGAAACGAAGGAAAGGUUGGCAUUGAAGGCACUACACCAUUGGCACGAACUGCCAGUGAUAGGUAAACAUUUAGUUACUGAACACGUUGAAACUCGAUCUUUGUUCAAGAGAGAAAAACCAGGACUAGAGCAAGGGAAACUGGAGCUGUGGGUGGACUUGUUCGACUUAUCAAUGGGCCAAAUACCUCUUCCAAUAAACAUCACUCCUCGUAAACCACAAUCAUACGAACUUAGAGUAGUCAUUUUGAAUACAUCUCAAGUACCAUUGGUUGACGAUUCUUACUUCGUCGGCAGAAAAAGCACUGACAUAUUUGUUAAAGGGUGGCUGUGGGAUUCCAACGAUGUUCAAAUGACGGAUGUCCAUUAUAACUCAAUAAAUGGGGAAGGCAAUUUCAACUGGAGAUUUAUAUUUCAGUUUCAAUAUUAUAGAUCUGAAAAAGUGAUGAUGUUUUACAAGAAACGUGUUUGGGAUCUGGCAACAACAGAGGUAAAGGUGCCUCCGCUGCUGCAUCUACAGGUGUGGGACAGAGACAGGUUAUCGUCAGACGAUUUUAUAGGGGACAUGGUAAUUGAACUGAAUAAAAUGCCACGUGGGGCAAGAUCGGUAAAAACGUGUAAAUUGCGCACGCCCCUUACUCCUUUUCAGGGUGUAGAUUUGUUUAAAGUUAAACGCAUGAGAGGAUGGUGGCCCUUCAUAAGAGAAAAAACAGAUAAAACCCCAACAUAUGGCGGGUUUCUCGAAGCCGAAUUUCAUUUAAUGACAGACGAAGAGGCUCUUGCAAGACCUGCAGGAAUGGGAAGAUCAGAGCCAAUGGCAUUACCGCCUCCUAUGAGGCCGGAGUUCAGGACUAAAUUUUGGCUUGCUCCUUUUCGUAUACUUACUCAUCUAAUAUGUAAAGUUCACAGAAAGAAAUUUAUAUUUGGUCUUCUGAUCUGUGCAUCCACUCUUUUUGUAUUGGUUGGUGUAUAUUCCAUUCCGAUGUUUGUAAUGAAAAAACUCUUGGGUGCAAAAUAGCAGAUCUACUGGCACCAACGACAAAUUCCAAUCUUAUGAAUUUCUCUUAGUAUAUGGGCCAUAUCUAUUAAAUAAGUAAUAUACAGUAUUAUUAUUACUUAAUGUAUCAUUAGUAGAUAGUUGAAUUGUUUUGUAUUAUAUUACCUGUUCUUAUUUUGAUGGUACAAAAAUGUUAAAUUAUUUACUAAUAAAU